GGAUCUUAUUUGCAUUAAAGUCAUGCGUAUAAAAAAACGAGUUGUCUUGCAUACCAUCACGCGUUCUGUUUUCAACUCUUUUCCUUCAAUCUAUCAUUACAAAAUCACACAACACGUUGACCCAAGACCUUCUAACCCCCUACUCUUAUACCCUUCCCACCCUCAUCCUCGCAUUCUGCUGCUCGAGAUCAUGUCGACUCCGAUUAGAACCAUGAGCGACCUGAACGACGCGUUUGACAGGCAUCAGAAAAUCGUGCUCGAUUUCUUUGUUGAGAACGAUCCCGAGUGUCAGAGGAUGGACUCUUAUUUCGAAAAGGUCGCAACGGACUCUGCUCACAAGGGGAUCGCCUUCUUGCGGAUCAAUGUCAAUGAGAUUAAGGACGUUCAGGACCGGUACGAUAUCAAGACGGUGCCGACAUUCUUGUCCAUUCAUAGUCGAGAGUUGAUGGGCCAGUGCCAGGGCACUACGCCUGAGAAGUUGGAUAGGCUUGUUAUGGACCUUAGCAUGGUGUGAACAAAACAAACAAAGAAAGAAAAAAGUAAAUAAAUGCGUAGCGUUCGCAUUAGUAAAUGAGUAUAGCUCGUCUGCCGUAACACUGUUGGUGGGCUACUCAUUACUCUAGAUUUCACAUCUCCUUCUUCGUCAACGCCAGUAGAAAAUAAACCACCCAAACCGCACCAAGAAACCUCUCCCGAACGACUCUAUCCAGAAAAUGAAGAGUACGAAUAUCCCUGAAAAGGACCUCCAACACCGAUUCUCGCUUCCUUGAAAUGGACAGGGCGCUUUGACACGAAGGGUCAAGUCCAUAUCCUCCUAUUUUUCUUGGCGUGAACGAGCGAUUAUUGUAAAUAAAGUAGGAAAGACAAUAUCUGGU